AUGACUCGUUUGUUAUUAGAUUUGAUCACGCUAGAGAAACAAGUUGGAAAUUCCAGAGGCAAAAGUUUGAGUGAGAAAGGAAAAGAAAACGUUCUUACAGAAUUUAAAAAGGAAUUUCCACUAACCUUAAACUGGAACAAAAUUAAGAAUAGACUUGAUACUUUAAAGAGGCAAUAUGAACUGUAUCCUUCGAAACUCCGGUCGCACCCACUGCGGUUUAUACCGCUUCUUCAUGUGGUCUUCCGAGAUGAAACGGUUGUGGUGGAGGAGUCAUGGCAACCAAGACAUGGUGUAAAUCGUCAUGCUCCAUUAGUUGACGUAAGUGAGACUGAACGUACAAACAAAGAAGACGAGAGAGAAGAUAUGAUGCAUGAGAACGAACCUCAUCAUAUGGAAACAGAAGACCCAGAUUGGAUGUCACAAAUUCCGAGGGAAAACUCUGCAAAUCCAAAUUCCGAGGCGGAACCAUCAUUUGCAUCCAAAGAGACAUCUUCUAUGCACACUCAAGAGAAAAUAAGUCAAAACCGAAAGCGUAAACAAAAUCCAGUAGACUCGACGCUCGACCGUAUUGCUACUACUAUGGAAGACCGAAAUGAUAUUCUGGAGCAAAUGACAAAUGCAAAGUCAAAAUCUUAGUCAACAAAUUCAACUGAAGAACGAAUGGCUCUUGUUGUGAAACA